GAUGAUGUGAGGAGUGACGACACGGCGCAUCAAAGGCACGAGGCUGCUGCUGGAGCCCGAACCGAAGCAGCAACGGCAGGGACAGGUCGAGACGCACCGAACCCCGCAGACGCGCCAGUGCACCGAAUCCUGCGAUAAAAAGAUGCUCCAGUUCGGCGGCAGGGUGCGCGGCGUUCCCGCGCUGGUCUCUCUGAUUCUGGUGGCGUUGGCGGCGGCAUCAUCUGAUCUGUUUGACAACCAACUGGGCGAUAUCAAUUACUGCAAAAAGCAAUGCCAGAUGUCCAUCAAAAACAAAAGCCCCGCCAAAGACUCCAUCAUGAAUGCCUGUCACCGCGGCUGUCGGCUGUACUCCAUCUGCCAGUUUGUGAAUGGAAAUACGGGCAUCAAUACCAGCAAAGAAGAGUGCCAGGGAGCAUGCCAGGAGGCCUACAGUAAACUGCUGGAGCAGGAGGCGUGCAGCACGGGGUGUGCCAGCCAACCCGCUGAGCCGGAGAUCAAACGGAGAAAGCUCAAGGCCCUGACCAACCGGCCCAAGCCCAUCUCUGUUAUGGAUGCCGUGUCUAGCUGGUGCAAUGACAUCGUCAGCUCCGCCCAGAGCUUCAUUUCUUCCACCUGGACCUUCUACCUGCAGGCUGAUGAUGGGAAGGUUGUUGUGUUUCAGAGCCAGCCAGAGAUUGAGUACUCCUUGCCUGAGUUACAAGCCCCGCGCUCCAACGUGGUCGACAAACCCUGGCCCCAAGUCAACUCCCACACACAGCGGCCACAUACUGGUGGGCGGUCACAUGGGGAGAGGAAUGCGGCAAAACCUGGGGCGAAAGGAAAGCAUGUCAGCCAACAUGCCGAGGACCCAGCUGCUGAGCACGACUUCCUGGGCUGCAUGUCAAGGCGCUCAGGACUGCCGCGUUGGAUUUUAGCAGCAUGUCUCUUCCUGUCCAUCAUGGUGAUGCUGUGGCUUAGCUGUGCCAGUCUGGUCACGGCACCCGAGCAACACAUCAAGACUCAGCUUAGCAUCAACGGAGAUAAAGAGUACAUGGAUGAUGCCCAAAAGGUCAACCCCUACCACCUGACGCCAGUGAUCGCGAUGACAAUCGGCCAAUCGGAAGAGAGCAAGGAGGCGGGGCCGCUUCCGGUCAAGGUCGACCUGAGCAAAACAUCUCUCUAAAAGCACCGAAGAGGUCAAUACUUUUGGCGACUAGGGUUCAACUCAUCUCCAGAGCUAUUUCUCGCAAUUUAAGGGGAAGUUACGUUGUUUUUCUAAAUAAAAAAAACAAAAAACAUGCAUGACGACAUUUAUUAUAUCGGUUACGACGUACGUCCUGUCUGAAUACUAGUCUCCUCACUGAAUUCGCAAAACCUCAUGGAAUUGUAGUUUAGGUGCUUGUUCACAUAACGUACUAACGCAUUUUUGACUAUAAUGUAUACACUAGUAACAACUUCGCAACAAGUUUCUUAUCGCCGUUGUGAUACGUUCUUAUCGAAUUCUUAAACAGAAACACACUGUAUAAACACAGGGGCUCAGAUGGAAGAUUGCGCCACAACCUCACAAGAAGAGCAGAAGGCGUUUACGAACGUUUAGUUUAACGAUGAAUACUUUCAAAGCACCCCUCCUCUUUAUUAAUUAGCGACAGAUUUGAACUGGAAGAUAAGCUUUGAAGGUAAUACGUCGCACUCUGGAUUCUCGCUUUGAUGUGAAAUGAGCAACGGAAAAAUCAAAUGCAGCCAAUUAGCGAAAGAUCUGCUUUCGUAACGACGUUUACAAAACAUGAAUGCGUCCUUUGAACUGAUAUGUAAUCAAACUGACAAGGACUCUUAAUUACUUUACAGAUUGUGAAUGCCGGUAGUUUGAAGAGUUAAAUUAGGAUUUCGUUCAAUUGUAUAGUUAAGUUAAAAACAGUCUUUAUAACAGGCACUGAGGGCGAUUUUCAUAUGCGUAAUUAUGCAUCCAUAACAAGCCUGACUAAACUACUCACAUUCAUGUCAAGGAAGCAUGAUGUAUUUAUUUAUUUAUUUAUGUAUUUAUUCGAAGCUUAAAGCAUAUGCCUGUAGUCUUUCAUCUCUCAUUUAGCUCAUUUAGAUUUUACAACGCAUUGUAAAUUUAUUCCCAACGUAGAGAGGAAAAACGCUUGCUGUUCAGACCGAAUGCGAAUUGUUGUAUUAUUCCAACGCCUUUCCCCUUAUAUUCUCCAUCUCUGCCCGAGAAAGCGAUGGGGUGGAGUUGGGGCGGGUUUUGAACGCCUAGCACCAGGCUUUGACGAAUAUCUUUUGUAUCUAGACUGUAGAGUUGACAGGCUUUCAUGGCACUAUUUGUCUUGUGCUGCUAUUUUUCCCCCAUUUAAGCCCAGCCACAGUGCAUGCUAGUACGCUACAAGACGUUGAAUAUAUCGUCCCAUCUAUUUUGGAAACAAACUGCUGUACGCUCGUGAUCUUUGUGUUUUUGCUUAAUGUUCAGUAGGCAUUGUAAUUAUGACCAUAGAUUACUAAGAAGUCAAGAGGUGGGAUACCUUAAUAAGCCAUUUAAUAUCUACUGGUUCAUCAUUACUGUAUGAAAUACGAGUCGGUAAUACAUUUUGUUUUUUCUCUUUUGAACAAUUUCCCAUAAGAUGCUCCAUAAUAUCAGACAAAUAAAGUGUUUUCAUGUUGUAAUUAA